AUGAAGCGACCCCUGAGCCCAUCCCACAGUCCCGAGAUCGCAGUGCAGCUGGUGGAGGAGGCCAGCUGCCCCCCCAGCCAGCCCGAGCAGCGCAUGAAACGGGAGAAGAAGCACCAGUCGUUCACACUUUGCGAGGUCUGCAAUAUCCAGCUCAACUCGGCUGCACAGGCGCAGAUCCACUACAACGGCAAGUCCCACCAGAAGCGCCUCAAGCAGCUAAACAAGGGGAAGAUGCCAGCAGCCCAAGGUCCCUCCGGACACAGCAGCCCCCUCUUAGCAUCAUUGCCCAUCCCUGGCCGGCCUCUUCAUCCUCCCUUGGACAUCAAGCACUUUCUGACCUUCAGGCUCAAUGGGACAUCACCGCUCAACCUCUUCCCCAACUUCAACACGAUGGACCCGGUGCAGAAGGCAGUGAUCAGCCACACCUUUGGCGUGCCGGCCCCGCUCAAGAAGAAGCAGUUCAUCUCCUGCAACAUCUGCCACCUGCGUUUCAACUCUGCUAACCAGGCAGAAGCCCACUACAAGGGCCACAAGCACGCGAGGAGGCUGAAGGCCAUUGAGGCCAUGAAGAACAAGCAGAAGGUGGUGGGGGCUGCAGCGGGGACCCCUGGCCAGGACAGCACAGCCGACUUGGCCCCCAGCCCUGUGGGCAGUGGGGAGCUGGGCAGCACAGCUGAUGCCAGUAGCCCACAGGAGUCGGAGGGUGAGGGCAGCAGCCUGGGGCUGGUGCCCAGCACUGAGGAAUCACCUAUGCAGCUGCCAGGCAGUGUUGGCCCGCUGGGCUCCCCUCCAGCCUCCGAGCUGUCAGAGGGCACCUCGGAUGCCACCAGUGUGGCCUCCUCAUCCGCCCAGGCAGCUGAGGCACAGGCAGCUGAGUCAGGCAGCAGCGUCAGCUCGGCCCCUGAGAGUGAGAAAGAGGGGAAAAAGAGCAAACAGCACCUGUAUUGUCCCACCUGCAAAGUGACUGUCAACUCCCUGUCCCAGCUGGAGGCUCACAACACUGGCGCCAAGCACAAGUCAAUGCUAGAAGGUCACAGCACCCAACUGCGGCGAGGCCGGGGCAAGCUGCUUUCCCGGGCAGGGCACAAGUCCAAGCGGAUUGGGAACAAGGGCAGCAUCAACAUCCAGAACAAGGCGUUUCACUGCCAAGUGUGUGAGAUCUACGUGAACUCCGAGACUCAGCUCAAGCAGCACAUGAGCAGCCGGAGGCACAAAGACAGACUGGCAGGGAAGCCACCCAAGCCCAAGUACAGUCCCUACAACAAGCUGCAGAAGAACGCUGCCCUCGCAGUGAGUAUUCUCAAGUCCAAGCUGGCUUUGCAGAAGCACCUCACCAAAACCCUGGCAACUCGUUUCCUGCCGAGCCCACUCACCGCCGCCGCUGUCUGCACCAUGCCUGGACCCCUUGCCUUGCGACCAGCAGCUGCCACCACCCUCUUCCAAGCCCCAAUCCUCGGACCAGCCCUUUUCCGAACGCCGCCGGCCCAUGUCCGCCCCACGCCGGGUCCCAUUGUCUUCGCACCCUACUAGAGCUGCUGGCCCACUGAGGGUCUGUCCACUGAGGCUGGGCUGGGCUGCGGGGGCUGCACACUGGGGGCAGUGCUCCUGGUACCAGCUCUCCUGGCUGUUGGGAAAAUGUAGUCGUAGACAUCAAUCCCAGCUUCUCCUUUGCUUGGAGAGGGCUCCCAUUGGAGAAAGGUGGCCCGACAGAGCCCAGCCAGCCCCACCGCACAUCCCCACUGCUCCCCCAGCCUGUGCUGGCCCCGUGCUGAGCAGAUGGGCCCAGGCAGUGCACAGAAGAGGACAGUGUCCAAAUCAGCAGGACCAUCUCAUGGCCAGAGCCUGCCGGUACUUGGCCUGUUUCUUCAUUGCCCUCCCAGUUACCAGACUGGAAGGAGAAGAGCUGGCUGGUCCCUGGGAGAAGAAGCAUCCCUCUGGUCCCUGCCAGCCCAGUGGGAAAGGAACUGUGAGGGGAAUCUCAGCUCAGCUCUUACUGGGAGAAACAACCCCAGCACAAGUGGGAAGCUGGCAAUUUCUCUCUUAGCCUGGGCUGGCUGUGCCCUUGCCAGCCCUGCACCUGCCUGUGCUGGCAGGGGGUUUCUGUGCCACCCACCAGCUCCCUGCCCUCACAACUCCCUAUGUCCCACCAGCCAAAGAGCCCCCGCAGUGGCAGGCACCAGCCACACUGACUGUAUCCUCACUCCAAGAGCAAUAGCUGACCCCAGGGCCGGUGCCUCCUCCCUCCAAAGCACACGGGCCCUGCCCUGGCCCCAGAAGCACACGAUGGGCAUGUGGUCAAGCAGGGCCCCACUCAUGCUCAGCAAGGCCAGGAGCACCAGGCUGUCUGGUGCUGGCUCCCCGAGGAGGUGGCCCUGUGCUUGGCGCCUGUCCUUGUCUCUGUCCCACCGUGGGGACAGCCCUGCUCCUACCUCCCGGGAGAUGCUGUGAGGCUGAGUGAAUGUCCCUAAAGCACUUUCAGUUCUCCAGUGAAAGGCAAUGCUGCUGCUCACCUGCUGUGCCCGGCCCUCCAAAACCACCCCAGUUAGGAGCUUCCAGGAAGUUACUGAUGAUUUAAAUAAAGGCGUCCUCAGCAGCCUGGACAAUCAGGUGGCAGAUGCACCCACAGACUGUGGAAUGCUGGGCUCUGGAGGGACCUGAGGCCGUAGCUCUGCAUUUCACUGUGCUCAGACAGCCCAACCAUGACCUGUCUGGGACUGUCACCAUGACACUCUGGGUGCCCAGCACACUGCUGUACAUAGAGAGAGUGGCAUCCCAAAUGGACCUUUCGCUGGAGGAACACCCCAUCCCGAUCUAUGCAAUCCAGGGGGGCAGCUCACCCGCCGCAUUGGCCGCCUGCGAUUCCCUUUGGUGCUGACGCAUCCAUGCAGUCGGAGCAGUGGUGGGAGCAGAAGAACCAACAUGACACUGAGCUCUGUCCCAUCCCGAGCUCAGGGUGCUGGUUCAAAUCUCUACUGUGAUUCCCCUUCCCUCCCUCAGGAAGAGGCAGGUUGGUGUGCACCUGGGAAUCCACACACACAAGCACACAUAUCUGACGUCUUGGCCAUAAGCAGCACCUGGAUUUCAGAAGGAUUUUGCCCAGCGUGCUCUGCCAAUGCUCAGGAUAGGUCCUGGCAUGGGGAGGUGAAUGGGAAACAGCCAAUGGGUGACUCAGAUGGCUGAAACAUAUCUGCUUCCCAGGGCUGGAACCUUGGCAAGGGCAGGAAAGCUGCAGGAGGGAGCACACACCUGCAGGGCAGCACCAACCAGUGGAGCCACCACUGCACUCCUUCCACAGAGACAGGAGAGUGAAGGAGCCUCUGGGUAUGAAUUCACCUGCUCAGGGCAUCCCUUCCCUAGGGAAGGAGGAAAGUGGAGAGAUGGCACCAGGAGAGGACUGAGCAACUGUGCAUGGAGACAAUGGGAAGUCUUGCAGCAGUGCUGGGAUAUGUGGCUUGAAGCACAGCUGAGGGAAGGAAGGCUCGCCACAGAAAUGGCUUUGCCAGGAAUAGGGAGAUGGUCCCACAGCCCAGGGGACAGGAGUCUGUGCUGGUGGGGCCCCCCCUCCCCAGUGCCAAGCAGCCCAUGGCCAGCGCAUGGCCAGCCAGCCACCCCUGCACGUUUCACUGUGCCCUUCCCAGGCCCUUGGGGUCACUCCGAGUAUGGCCACUGCAGCAGGACAAUGGGUCCCCUCCUGUGCCAUGAGCCCCUGUGCCCUGUCCAGCCCCUCAGAAGCAUGGGG